AAAAAAUUGGACAAAAUGAAUGUUGUUGGUGGAGCUCUGAAGCUCAAACGACCUCCCAAUAUCGCAAAGAAUAUGCGAAAGAACAAAAAGGAUAAGAAAGAUAAAAAAGAUAAGAAGGAAAAAAAGGAUAAAAAAUCUAAAAAGGAAGGAAAGUCCAAGAAGGAUAAAAAGUCAAAGUCGUCCAAAAAGUCAAAGAAAUCCAAAGAGUUAAGAAAAAGAGAUCUUAAGUCCUCUUCAAAGAUAGAAGAGGCCUCUAAAACUGAAGAACAGAAAGGAGGGAUCGAAGAUGUCUUUGUGGACCAAGCCGAAGACUUUAUCUCAACUACAAAGAAGACAGCUGCUGAGCUCAGAUUUGAAGAGAUCCAGAAACAGAGAAGGUUCAAUACGAAGGAAGGGAAGACCAACCUGCUGAAGUCCCAUCGUGAGAAGGUCCAGGAUUAUGUAGACAAUUAUUUGGAGAAGAUGACAGACACAUUUGAUAUACCGAAGGUUGGACCUGGAUAAGAGGAAUUGGAUAAUUUUCAAUUUGUGAUGUUGAUG